AACUUUGUUUCUUCAUAGUAGUUAACAUUUAAGUGUUUUGAUUUUUCUUGGACGAUAUGUCCAUUUACAUUCCAAAAAGAUAUGUGGUUGCUGUUUUGGGGCACUUUGCUAUCUUUAUCAUGUAUACAAUGCGAGUAAACUUGAGUGUUGCAUUGGUUGCUAUGGUUAAGACAUCAAAACUGCAUAAUAAAGUUUUAAAUAAAGAAUGUAAACAAGAUUUUUAUAAAAAUGAAACUAAGCAUCAUGAUGGAGAAUUUACAUGGUCUGAAAGUCAACAAGGAGUUAUUUUGUCAUCUUUCUUCUAUGGAUAUCUUCUCAUACAGUUUGCUGGGGGUGUGUUUGCAAACAAGUUUGGUGCAAAAUACGUUUUUGGAAUUGGUUUGUUUGUAACUUCAAUUCUAUCAUUGUUGACACCAGUUGCUGCAAGAACAAAUUUAUAUUUUCUUAUUUUUGUUAGAGCUUUAAGUGGUGUUUCACAGGGUGUUUCAUUUUCUUCUAUCCAUUAUUUAAUAUCUCAGUGGUCACCACCCAGCGACAGAACUAAAUUUCUUGGUUACACAUUUGGAGGAAUGUAUACAGGAACAAUAUUUUCUGUUGUGGUGUCAGGCAUGCUUAUAGCCUCUUUUGGCUGGCCUUCUGCAUUCUACUUUUUUGGUAUUUUGGGUCUUGUUUUGCUUCUUUUUUGGAUGAUUUUGGUAUUCAACAAUCCAGAUGAACAUCCAUACAUCAGUGAUAAUGAAAAAAGAUUCUUAGAAGAAAGCUUGCAAAAGUGCUCUUCUGACACUAAGAUUGCCAAGAUUCCUUAUUUUUCAAUGUUCACAUCAAUUCAUGUUUGGGCUAUUGUUGUUGCUCAUUUUACAAACAACUGGGUCUGGUAUUUUAUCCUUACAGACAUGCCAUCUUAUUUUAGAGACGUACUUGAUUUUGAUGUUAAACAAAAUGGUUUUUUUUCUGCUUUGCCAUUUAUUGCUGCAUUUGCUGGUUUCCAAAUUUCAACUUUGGUUAGCGAUUUUAUUCGUAAAAAAAGGUGUUCUACAGCUUGUACUCGCAGAAUAAUGUCGUUAACUGGAUCUUACCUAUCGGCAUUAUUUUUGAUAUUAGAAGGUUACUCCGGCUGCAGCCAUGUAGUUUGGUCUGUUGCUUGCAUGGUCUUGAUAAAUACAUUUCUCGGAGUGAAUAAUAGCAGUUUUUUAAUCAAUCAUUUGGAUAUAAGUCCGAGAUUUGGAGCUCUGCUUAUUGGCAUUUCAAAUACUGCUGGAACUUUGGCUGGUUGCAUCAGCCCUUUUGUCACAGGGGUGUUGAUUAAUAAAAAUCCAUCAUCCGCUCAAUAUAAGAAGGUUUUUCUCAUCUCAGCGGCGAUUUCCUUUAUUGGGGGAACAUUAUUUAGCAUAUUUGUUUCUGGCGAUGUGCAACCAUGGAAUAAUCUUUCCUCCAAAGAUCAUGAGAAAGAAUCAAAAAUGCUUCUAAAUAAAGACAGUAAAGUUUCUUAUUCAACGUGUAUUAAUGAAGUAGGCGAUUAAUGUUUUUUGCGUUGCAAGUCAAGUGGUACUUCUAUGCUUUGACUAGUGUUAAUAUCGAUAGCGUUUAUAUUUUUCAAUUUUUUAUUUUUUUUAUUUUUACUGUUACUAGUUUUACUAACCUGUGUUUUUUAAGAAUUUUUAACAUUUUGUAGCGCGUUUUUGUAGGAAUUUUUUGCAUUAAUGUCAUUAAUAGCAGUAUUUUAUAUUUAAACAUUUUUGUCAGUCAAUUUUAUUUUU